UAUUUCUACCCACUUCCAAUCUUUUUUGCCCUACCUUUACCUAUCUCCUUUCUCGUAUUAGCCCAAUAUCUACCGUUUUCCUUUUUCCAGGCCCUCUUGUUGAACUACAGGAAGAAGAAAGAGCUCUAUGAUUCUAUUUUUGACUCAGAAAAGCAUAAUUCACUUGUAACCAGGGGUGAACGAAGAUUCAGCUACAUGGCCCUGCAGGGUGCUCUUAUGAUUUCUUUGUACAGGGAAGAGCCCCGCUUCCAUCAGCCGUCACAGAUCCUUCAAUCAUUGAUGGAUAUCGACUCUCUUAUCACCAAGUGGAGAUAUAAUCACGUGAUCCUGGUUCAACGGAUGCUCGGCAGUGCGCAGAUCGGUACAGGCGGAUCUUCUGGAUAUCAGUAUCUUCGAUCUACACUCUCAGAAAGGUAUAAAGUUUUCCUGGAUUUGUUCAACCUCUCAACCUUCCUGAUUCCUAGACAGUUAAUACCACAGCUUACUCCGGAGGUAAACAAACAACCUUGCAGUACAUUACACUUACAGUACAUUAUAGUAUAGUAAAUUACAGUUCAA